UCAUACCAACCUGCAAGAUCUACGCCGGAGAAUCACCGCUACAGUGUCGGAGAUGUUGUUCCUUUGUUCGUCAACAAGGUUGGCCCUUUGAAUAAUCCGAGCGAGACAUAUCACUACUAUGACCUGCCAUUCUGUCUCCCAGAUGCUAUCAAUAUGGAAAACCCAAGUCAGAGAUUACCUGUUGGAUGGGCUGUAUCCUCAAACUCACUUAUCAUUCAAUUAAUGAAGUUUCUUUUGAAUUCUUACCUAUUAACUUGCAGACCCUCUCAAAAGUUAAUGAACUAGGAUGGUUAAAAUCAUCUAUUUGCUGUUCCUUCGAGUUGUACACCAUCCAAGAGAUCAGAUAAUUGAGAAGAAGGAAUCACUGGGUGAAAUUUUGAAUGGUGACCGUCUGACCAAUGCUCUGUAUGAGUUGAAAUUCAGAAAGAACAAAAUUGUGGAAACCCUUUGUGAGAAGCAGCUGACAAGGGAUGAAGUUGCAAAGUUCAGGGAUGCUACCAAGAAUGAUUUUUACUUUCAGAUGUAUUAUGAUGAUCUCCCUUUAUGGGGGUUUGUCGGGAAGGUUGAAGAGACAUGGUUCCUUGAUGAGAUGAAGUCUCGGUAUUAUCUCUUCAAACAUGUUCAAUUUGAUGCUCUUUACAAUGAGGACCAAAUCAUUGAUGUACAUGCUUUUAGCGACCCUACUGAUGCAGUGGAUAUUACCGAAGAUCAUGAAACUAUAGUCACUUUCACAUAUUCAGUCCUUUGGAAUGCUAGCUCAACUCGGUUUGAGAAUCGGAUGAGCAAAUAUUCAAGAUCUUCUAGACUGCCACAGCACCUAAAGAUUCAUUGGUUCUCAAUCAUUAACUCACUUGUCAUUGUUUUGAUAUUGGUGGGCAUGCUUGCUGCUCUGUUUCUGCGAAACCUCAAGAGUGACCUAACUAAGUAUUCUCAUGGCGACGAAGAAGAAGACAAGGAAGAGGUUGGCUGGAAGCAUAUUAGUGGUGAUGUAUUUAGAUAUCCUCCAUACACAUCCCUAUUAUGUGCUAUCCUGGGCAGUGGUACACAGCUCCUGUCUCUGGUUUUUUUUGUAUUUGCAUUGGCACUUAUGGGUGUGCUCUAUCCUUACAACCGUGGAGCUCUUUUGUCCUCUCUUGUUAUGACUUAUGCUCUUACAUCUGUGAUUGCUGGAUAUGUUGCUUCUUCAUUCCAUAGUCAGUUUCUGGGAAGGGGAUGGGAAAAAAGUGUUCUUCUGGCUGGGGUUCUCUACUUUGGUCCUGUCUUUGUGACAUUUUCUAUCCUCAAUACAGUUUCCAUAUAUUAUAGGACCACAACUGCUCUUCCAUUUGGCACCAUUGUUUUGCUGCUUCUUGUAUGGACACUGGUCAGCAUCCCGUUGCUUGCCUUGGGUGGGAUAUUUCGUUAUAGGUUCAGGUCUGAAUUUCAAGCGCCCUGUGCUACCAAGAAGUGGCCAACUGAAAUUCAGCCACUAGCUUGGUAUAGGAAGACCCCUGCACAGAUGUUUCUUGGGGGCUUUGUACCAUUUAGUGCAAUAUUCAUAGAGUUGCACUACAUCUAUACAAGCAUAUGGAGUCACAAGAUCUACAUUGUGUAUGGCAUUCUUCUAGUUGUGUUUAUCAUCCUAAUCUUAGUCACUACAAUCUUGAGUAUUGGGUUGACUUACCUUCAGCUUACUGCAGAAGACCAUGAAUGGUGGUGGAGGUCUCUGUUACGUGCAGCCUCAACUGCCAUUUUCAUGUAUGUCUACUGCAUCUACUAUUACACUCAAUCAAGUAUGAAUAGUUUCCUCCAGUUAUCAUUCUUUUUUGGGUACAAUGCUUUGAUGUGUUAUGGUUUCUUUCUUAUGCUUGGGACCAUUGGCUUCAUUGCUUCUUUGCUAUUUAUUCAGUACAUCUACCGCAAUAUCAAGAGUGAAUAAACAAUUCUGUGUAACAUAAUUGCAUGUUUGAUGAAUGAUGGGCCUAGAUGUUGGCUUUUCAA